GGCACCUGCGGGGCUCUCGCAGAUGGGAGCGCCCGCUGCUCGCUGCGGAUCCCGCCUGCCAGCGCUCCCAGCCCGGCUCGGCUCCUCCCCGCGGGACAGGACAGGGAGUGACCACCACGCUCAGACUGAGACUGACCAGCACCACCAGCACUGACCACAGGGCUGUGCUGGUGCUGCUGCAGGGCUUCUCCCCACCCCGGGCUCCGGUGAUGCGCUGAGGAUCCGCAGCUCCACGGGCACCUUUUUUCCUGGCUGUGAAAGGUUAUAACUGAGCAGCCCUUAUGACCAACAUGAGCUGGAGCUUCCUCACCCGCCUGCUAGAAGAGAUCCACAAUCACUCCACCUUCGUGGGGAAGGUGUGGCUGACGGUGCUGAUCGUGUUCCGCAUCGUGCUGACGGCGGUGGGCGGCGAGUCCAUCUACUCCGAUGAGCAGAGCAAGUUCACCUGCAACACCAAGCAGCCGGGCUGCGACAACGUCUGCUACGACGCCUUCGCGCCGCUCUCGCACGUCCGCUUCUGGGUCUUCCAGAUCAUCGUCAUCUCCACGCCCUCCGUCAUGUACCUGGGCUACGCCAUCCACAGGAUCGCCCGCUCGGCCGAGGAGGAGAAGAGGUUCAAGGGCUUCAAGAAGAAGAAGCAGUUCGCCCUGAACUGGCAGGCCGUGCGCAACAUGGAGGAGGCCGUGGAGGCCGACGAGGAGGAGCCCAUGAUCUCCGACGACGCGGCCGAGCCUGAGAAAGCCAAGGCCAAGCCCAAGGGCAAGGAGCAGCAGAGGCACGACGGGAGGAGGCGCAUCCAGCAGGAGGGGCUGAUGAAAAUCUACGUUUUCCAGCUCCUCACCCGCGCUUCCUUCGAGGUCUGCUUUUUGAUAGGGCAGUAUUUGCUCUACGGUUUCGAGGUGGAAGCGUAUUACGUCUGCAACAGGGUCCCUUGUCCCCACACCGUGGACUGCUUCGUGUCCCGGCCCACGGAGAAGACCAUCUUCCUGCUGGUGAUGUACGUGGUGAGCUGUCUGUGCCUGCUGCUGAACAUGUGCGAGAUGUUCCACCUGGGGUUCGGGACCAUCCGCGACGCCAUCCGCAACCGGAAAAUCAACAGCUUCCGGCAGCCCCCCUACAACUACGCCUACCCCAAGAACAUCUCCUGCCCUCCCGAGUACAACCUGGUGGUCAAAGCUGAGAAAUCCACCAAGAUCCCCAACAGCCUGAUGGCCCACGAGCAGAACUUGGCCAACGUGGCUCAGGAGCAGCAGUGCACCAGCCCCGACGAGAACCUGCCGGCGGAUCUGUCCACGCUGCACAAGCACCUGCGGGUGGCCCAGGAGCAGCUGGACAUCGCCUUCCAGAGCUACAGCAGCACCCAGGCCAACACACAGCCCUCUCGGACCAGCAGCCCCGCCUCGGGGGGCACCGUGGUGGAGCAGAACAGGGCCAACACCGCCCAGGAGAAACAAGGUGCUAAACCCAAGGCCUCGCUGGAAAAAGGCAGCUCCAGCAGCAAAGAUGGGAAGACGUCUGUGUGGAUAUAACUCUGUCAGGAAGGAGAGGGGGUUUUGAUUUCAGGUUGUUUCUGUUUUUCGGUGGUGUUUGUUUUGCAGGGAGUGAUUUUUGUGUGAGAGUGGAGAGAGUGAAAGGAGUUUUGGACUGAUUUAGUGCUGUCUUCCAGUGCGGUAACAAAAGACAUUUCUUCCCUGUUUCCGUGUUCUCCAGCUGGGAAUCUCCAGUGAGUAACAGCAAACAACCCCCCACACCUCCCAGCCCCUGGGUCACACCAGAGCCCCCAGCAGAGACUGGACAAUGUGCUGUGGUGGGAAGACAAGCUGCUGGUGGCUCAGGAGGGAAGUGAGGCUGGCAGGGCUCAGCCACCCUCCUGCAUGGCAAGGCUCCAGUGCUGCAAGCCAGGCAGUGUUUAAUUACUAAAUACCCUUAAUCAAAUUAAUUUCCCAUCCUUUGGUAAGAAAACCACUGACAUAUUGCACGGACCUUCAUGGCAGGCUCACAGCUGAUCUGCCUGGGCUGGCAACGCCAAGGAGGCCUCAUGGGAUGCUGUGAGCCAGAGCUGGCACCCAUGUCAGGUCUGGGGCAGGAACACAGUGACUGCCUCACACAGGAGACCUCAAACCACACAGGGCUGAAGGUUUCAUCUUUUCUUCCUCUGCAUCAAAGCCAAUCUGCUCCAAACCCUCUGGAGCAGGAGCAAGCAGUGACAUUGCAUCCUACUGGUGCCUGUGUAGCACUUGCUACAGAUGUGAUGGGAACUGUUGCAGUUACAGAAUUUUUAACAAACUGUUGCUUCACAUCAUCUGAAAGUGCCUUUAUGCAACCAGGAAAACAAAAGUGUAAAGGAUUCAGGCUCCUUUACUUGCUGAAUUUUAGACGAUCGGCAUCGGGAAAUUUGUUUUUCUGAUUAAUCGAGGAAAAGCACUGUUGGCAAAUUUGUUUUUCUGAUUAAUCAAACCCUUAUAAAUAGUGGCAGGUGGCAGAUCUAUGCAUAGCGUGUCUCUGGUGUGUGUGUGUGUGUCCAUGUGUAGAUACAGACACGUAUGAACACGUGGCUGUGAACGUAGCCAUAGAGAGAUAGGUAGGUGUAAAUGUAAUAUCAACCCUCUGCUCCUUCUACAGCCUUCCACCUCCCCUGAGAAAACCCAGCUGAUCAACUGGGGCUGAUCUCAUCCUGGGCUUUUAGCCUCCAGCCCCACCUGGGGAACUGGGUGGGUUCCCACACUUGCUGGGGAGAUUUGCAGAAGAUCUGGCUUCAAUGGGGACAGGACCAGGACAAGAGCAGGAAGUUUUUCCUGAGUUCAUGAGGGAUUUUUUUCCAGCUGGGCUUGACUUUACGGGUGGUUUUCAUGCACUUACAGUACUUUGGGUGUAUGUUAAAAUCAAGCUGCUGAGCUCCAAGGCUCCUACUGUUCUUUGUCAGAGGGUGGUUUCAUCACCACCACAGGGAACCCAGGUAGGCAGAGCCUUCAACAUCAAACCUGUUGCAAAAGAAGUGAAUUCUCCCUGAACACUGCACUGUCCCUGUGCCAAGCUGUUCCCUUGGGCUGUGCUAGGAUUUCUUAUCCUUGGGAUAUUCAUGGCUUCUCCCUAGACAUCACUCCCAUGUCCUUGAGAUCAGUCCCUAAAAGCCCUGAGGAUGCCUGUUCCCCAAGUGUCCAGCCCUUUGGCCAUUCUUGGGAACAGGCAGAGAUUUUGGAUAUGCCCUUCAUCUCCUGGGAACUUCAGCUGAGCUGUGUGAUGUGUUAGAGAACAGUCCUGGAAGCAAAAAAAAAAAGGAAAAAAAGUAGAAUUAAAAGGAAAGCAGAGAAAUAUCCUACAAGGUAUCCAGCAGCAAAUAUUCAGCUGUGUGGCUGUGUGUAGCUGUCUGGGGAACGCUUCCAGGCUUGUUCCUGGUCCUGCUGAAGGCAUUGGUAAAAUGCCUGGAAUGCUGUUUGCUCUUGCAGCUUGAGAUUUUCCCCUCACAAACAGGUAACUGCAUCCAGGAGGAGGAUCAGCACAGCAGCAGUCAGUAGUGACAUCCACUCAUCCAUCCAUCCAUCCAUCCAUCCAUCCAUCCAUCCAUCCAUCCAUCCAUCUAUCCAUCCCCUUCUGCUGGGAAUUUUGCAGGAAAGGCUCAGAAAGGUCACACCACAGUGGUGGGGAGACAAACAUAUCCAACUGCUCUGUUUGUCCUCGUCCCUUGUGUGGGAAGGUGCUGGGCAGAGCAGGAGAGGCUGGGUGCUCACAGGGGCUGCUGUCACCUGGAAAAAAUGCCUGCAGGGUCACAGCCCAGGCUGCUGGGGAGGAGAGAGAGGUGGUCCUGGGUGGAAAUUUAUUCCCUGGUCCCUGCAGCUGUCCUCUACAUCAGUGAGACUUCUCUUUUGUUCCCAACCCUGUGUCCCGUGGGAAAUUCUGUGUAUUUAAAGUCGUGAUCCCAAGGGAAGGAUGGAAACUCACAGGGUAACCAUGGCUGGAUGCUGCUUGGGUUCUUCUGAUUCCUUUUCCAUGAGCAACACCAGCACAGCCCAAGAUAAACUUGUGUUUCCCACAGGAUGCUGGAAGGCACCACCCCGUGCAGGAAUUGGGAUUUUGGAUUUCUCCUGCCCCUAUCAGUGACACCUCCCUCAGCACCACUCAUGGCCUGAGCACUUUCUGGUGACUCAGAUCUGCCCCUCGGUUCCUUCUGACCUGCAGACCCCCCUGUGAGUCACCACUCCAGGUACAGGAAUGUGACUCCCUUGCAAUUGCUCCAGGAAAAAUCUUGGCACACACCUCGCUGUGGGGAAAGCCAGGGACAGAUUUUAAUCCAAAACCACCCAGAGCUGGUCACAGAGACCUGAUCAAGUCAUUAAACCCAGUGUAUACAGCAGGGCUGCACCUGCUGCCCCAGCAAUACCCAGCUGUGCCCAUGGGAGGAGAUUCCAGGUUCAGAGCAGGAGGGUGGGAAAAGACCGUGGAUCUUCUUGCCAACUUGUCCCUAAAGGGUGACAUGAACCCUUCUCUGCAACCCAUUGGAGAAGUCUCAUGCCUUUAACCUCUGCAUAUUUUGGCUAUUUGGAGACUGUUUUUACCCUUAAAUCUGCACUUCAGUCUCAUCAACCUUUCUUCAAGGGCAGCUUUUCUAGUGUGGUUCUCUUUGUCUCUGGACCAACAGCAGCCACCUUGUGUUUUCCCAGCAGUGUGGCAGUGCUGGUCCUUGUGCCACCUUACCUCCCUUCUCCUCUUCCUGCACUCUGGUCCUCCCCAAAACCCCAUCUCCUGCAGGCCUGGGCACUGCUCCCCUCUCCAGAUGUGUGGUUGUACAGUCAGACUCCUCCUGCCCUCCUUCAAACCCCUUUUUAUUGUCACACAGCGAGCCAAGGGGGCUCUGAGUGACCCGUGGGUCCUGCAGAGGGUUUGGAUCCUCUUCCCAGCUGGUGUCACCCUCCCAUCUCAUAUGCACAGGCUGUUUUCCUCAGGCAGAGUCAAUAACUGCAAUAUUGACGAGUGCCAGAGCCAGGGCAGACUCUUGGGGGAUCAAUAACCCCCUUGUCGGGCAGGGACACCGGGUGACCACUGCCAGCCCUGCUCACCCCUCAGGCCUGGAGCACUUCCCUGCAUUACAUCCCUUCCCAAAGGGAGCUGAUCCUGCUCUCCCAUGUUUUCCAAGAUUCUGACAGGGACUCAAGUACAGAGGUGUAUUCCCAGCAGGAAUACUCUGGUGUCAGGGGUGCCUGGGAGGGAUGGAAGUUGCCUGUGAGCUCCCAGGCAGCCUGGAGGACAUUGCUGAUCCUCUGAGCCUGGGGAGGAGGGAUCCCUGUCCUCCCAGAUCCCAUCUGGGCCACACACAGGAGCCAGCAUGGGUCAGACAGCCUCAGGAACAGAAAAGAUUAUUAUCAUCAUUAUUAUUAAUAAUAUUAUUAUUGCUAUAUAUACUGAUUUGCUCACUUCCCCUCUUCCUCCUCCACUCUGUGACCUAUAAACCCUUUAGGAUGUUGGGUUUCUCCACUGAGUCACUCCAGAAAGGUGGCCAAAUGCAAUGAUGACUCUGCAGGAAUGACUCCUUUCUGGGCAGGAGAAACAAUCCCUUCUUUUAUCCUCUCAGUUGGGGCAGGAAAAGGACAGAGCAGCAAAAUAUUCACAAAAUCCCCACCACAACUGUUCCUAACUGAACCAGCAGCUGGAGGAAAUUCAUUUGGAGGGCGGAGCAUCAGCCACAGAAGAAAUGCCAAUGGUAUAAUUAAUGCUUUGCUUUUCUUUUUGUCUUUUCUCCAGGUAGCAGUUUUGUCCACACACAAGACAGGUUUAGCUUUGUGGCUGAACUAAUUAUAAACAUUGACUCUCUCGCUAAACUUGGUCAGAUAAAGUGCCCACACUUAUAUUUCUCUUCUUACCAUUCAGGGCCAGGAAUGUCCCACAAAAGCCAGAUUACCUUCUUGCUUGCAUUGCAUUCCACUGGGAAAUACUUGAACUUAACUCACGGCCAUAACCAGUCUGUGCUGUUAAAAAGAGUCUGGGAUUGUUUUGUUUUUUUUUUUUUUUUUUUUUUUUUUUGUGGGUUUUUCUUUUUUUUUUUUUCUUUUUUUUCUUUUUUUUAUGUACUAACUGUAUUUGUACUAGAAAUUUUUGGAGUAUGAGGUUGAAUCUGUAAGUAUUUUUCAGUGUAAACGUUACAUCUGGGCUGUAAUUAGAAUAUUAAACACUGGUCAAAAGGGAAAGGACAUCAGUCCAACUCAACUGUGGCUAUUCCACACCCAUUACUAAUAAUAUGGAAUAAAACUUACAUUUUGUUACAGUA